CCCGCAGGCGGCGGGCGGUGUCCAUGGAAACAGAGCGCACGCCGAGCGCCGCCUCCUUCCCUCCUUCCCUGCUUCCCGCCGGGCCGCCGCCGCCGCCGCUUCCACCGCCACCGCCAUUAUGAUGCUGCUGGGCCGCGGGCUGGACGCCAGGGACAAUCAGACUCGACAAAUACAAGAUGCUGUUUCAAAUGUGGAAAAACAUUUUGGUGAAUUGUGCCAAAUAUUUGCUGGAUAUGUACGUAAAACUGCCAGACUACGAGACAAAGCAGAUCUUCUAGUAAAUGAAAUAUAUGCAUAUGCAGCCACAGAGACACCAAACUUAAAAGUUGGACUGAAAAACUUUGCAGAUGAAUUUUCCAGACUUCAGGAUUAUCGCCAGGCAGAGGUCGACAGGCUUGAAGCCAAGGUUGUUGAACCUCUGAAAUGUUACGGGACCAUAGUGAAACUUAAAAGGGAUGACCUUAAAGCAACUUUAACAGCAAAGAACCGAGAAGCCAAGCAAUUAUCUCAACUGGAAAAGACACGUCAGCGGAAUCCAUCAGAUCUACACAUUAUUUCACAGGCUGAAAGUGAACUGCAGAGAGCGACACUGGAUGCUACUCGAACAACGCGGCAAUUAGAGGAAACUAUUGAUAAUUUUGAGAAACAGAAGAUAAAGGAUAUCAAAAAUAUCUUUUCUGAAUUUAUAACUAUUGAAAUGUUGUUCCAUGGGAAAGCUUUAGAGAUAUAUACUGCUGCCUACCAAAAUAUCCAAAAUAUUGAUGAAAGUGAAGAUUUGGAGGUUUUUCGGAGCUCACUUUAUCCAUCAGACUAUCAGUCUCGCCUAGACAUAGUUCGUGCAAAUUCCAAGUCCCCCCUGCAAAGAACUCCCUCCUCCAAAUCUUCAUUGAGGACAGUACAGAUUUCACGCAGUAUGCUAAGAAGAGAUGAAGAAGAAGAGGAGGAAGAUGAGGAUGAGGAAGACGAGGAUGAGGAGGAAGAAUUUGAUGUUACUAAGGAAGCUUUCCUCAGGCUAAGAUGACUUGAUUCCUUUACACAGAGAAUCAAUGCUCACAAAUAAGGACCAAGCCCAGUAUCUACGUUUAUUGCUGCUUUGCUUUUCAAUAAAAGUGCCUUCAUGAUAAAACUA